AGUGCUGGACAGAAGCGGGUCAAACUGCUCACGGGGCCAAGAUUUGUAGCUUGACUUGGAUACCCACCUGGGAAAGACAAGGUGCUUUGGUUGGAGAUGACUCGGCUGUCACUUCAAGAACAGCCUCCCUCCACUUUGGGAAUCUUUUUCUGUGGCGGCAGGGUCAGAGUUACAGAGGACGUUUGAAAUUUGAGUUUGGAGGAUUUCUACCUCGGCAGAGUGAGACAUUCUCAAAGAAGAUCAAUAGCAGCACAUUUCCAAUCAAACGCCAGAAUGAAGACAACCUUCUACUCUAUGGGGUUACUCCUUCUGGGGCUUCAUUUCCUGGUAGUCUGUGGACAGCUGGAAUCAAAGAACCAGAUGCCUCCUGAUCCCCUUCCCGCUACACAAAGACGCGGGCUUAUCGAGCGGGACGUUCCGGGUCCAGUGAGGCCCAACUUCACCAUGCCGCGCCGCAGAAUGCCGCCCAUGUGCAGCGCACCCACAGAAAUCCGAGACACAUUCAAGUACAUCAACACGGUUGUCUCCUGCCUGGUGUUUGUAAUCGGCAUCAUUGGAAACGCCACGCUUUUGAGGAUCAUCUAUAAGAAUAAAUGUAUGCGGAACGGGCCGAACAUCCUCAUUGCCAGCCUGGCUCUCGGCGACCUGCUGCACAUCAUCAUUGGCAUUCCCAUUAAUGUUUACAAGCUCCUGGCAGAGGAUUGGCCUUUUGGGGUGGCUCUGUGCAAGGUGGUGCCGUUUGUCCAGAAAGCCUCAGUGGGGAUCACAGUGCUGAGUCUGUGCGCUCUGAGUAUCGACAGGUAUCGUGCUGUGGCCUCGUGGAGCCGAAUCAAAGGGAUUGGCGUUCCAAAGUGGAUGGCUAUCGAAAUCGCACUCAUCUGGAUAUUGUCCAUUAUCCUGGCCGUGCCCGAGGCCAUCGCUUUUGACAUGAUCACCAUGGACUACAAAGGCGAACAGCUGAGGAUCUGCUUGUUGCAUCCCAUGCAGAAAACCGACUUUAUGAGGUUUUAUAAAUCAGUGAAGGACUGGUGGCUGUUCAGCGCAUAUUUCUGUCUACCGUUGGCCUGCACUGCCAUUUUCUACACCCUGAUGACCUGCGAGAUGCUGAGGAAGAAGAAUGGGGUUCAAAUAGCGCUCAGUGACCACCUCAAACAGCGACGAGAGGUGGCAAAGACGGUGUUCUGCCUGGUUCUGGUCUUUGCUCUGUGCUGGCUCCCUCUCCACCUCAGCCGUAUUCUAAAACUCACCAUCUAUGACGAGAAAGAUCCAAACCGCUGUGAGCUGCUCAGCUUCUUUUUAGUGUUAGACUACAUCGGCAUCAACAUGGCGUCCGUCAACUCCUGCAUCAACCCCAUUGCCCUCUACAUGGUCAGCAAGCGCUUUAAAAAUUGCUUCAGGUCCUGUCUGUGUUGCUGGUGCCUGCCCGCCGAGAUGCUGAUGAUGGACGAGAAGCAGUCAUGCCUUAAGCUGAAGGUCACAGAACGAGCAUCUGACCAGAGCAACUCCCGCAUGACCAACAAGUCUACUACAGCAUGAGGAUUGUGAGCUACCCAUGAAAGGAAAAAGGAAGAAGAAUUACCACGUUUGAGGCUCAGGCGUCACCCACAACAUCUUCAAAAAAGUGCCCGGGAAUACGCUUCUAACUUCAGGCCCCUCUAUAUACUGUAUAUACACUGCAGAAGAAGAUAUCAGCAGUAAGGAUGCAUACAUCUGACUCAUUCUAACCCAGAACAAAGUCUGCACAAUGUUUCUUUCAAAGAAUGUGAGGGGGAAGACAAGGAGUUGUUCUAAGGACGUCGAUGAAUACAGUAUUAGGAGAUGGAAAGUCAGACACAAGGGAGGACCUCCGUAGGUAAGUAGAUAAAGAUAAUAAAGAAACAGCAGCGGGGUUGUACAAAAUGACUUCAUAGUUGCAUGGUAGGAUAUCAGGGGUCCUCAACAGGCGGCCCACAGGCCCACCAGACAUCACCCAAGCAAUGCCUAGCGUUCAGUCUGACGCAGUGUUUCUCAAAUAGUGGUGCCAGCCCCCCAGGGGGCCGUGAGUAAACUUAACUUGGAAGUUGUUUUUUAAGUCUAUUUUGAUAAUCAGAAAGCUUGUACGCAGAAAAAAAAUUCUGUCCCCUGGAGGGGGGCAUGACAGAAAAUAAUCGAGACCGCUGGUCUAACGAGAGAAGUGCUCGUUCAUGCAGUGCUUCCUCCACUCUGCAGGGGGCGACAGCGAAGCGUACGCGUCACAAGGCUCGCAUUUAAUAUCAACUCUAAAGAAAAUAGUAGAUACUGAAAAUUGGGACUUUUAACAGCCACCGCAUUUACCACAAAUACAGUGGAGAAGACGAUGUGUUCAUUUUAGGGAUGUCCGAUAUCGGCUUUUUUGCCGAUAUCCGAUAUGCCGAUAUUGUCCAACUCUCAAUUUCCAAUUCCGAUAUCAACUGAUACCGAGGCUGAUAUGUGUAACUUCACAUAUCUCCCCUUGUGUAAUGAACACAUGUCUGUUGUGAGGCUAAUGGAUACAGCAUCAGCGAUUAGCUUCUCAACAUGGCUGUAAACAACACCUCACGUGAGCGUCCGCCUGCCGCUAUUUCUGCGUUUUUUCACAUUCCCGCUACCCCAUAGACAUAUGAAUGAAUGAAUAGCGUGCGGGAAUGCAGUGUUUUCCGCAGCGUCGGCAAAUUAUGCUCUCAAAACGACGUUAUAAUGGUCAAAUCAUGCAGUCUAUGGGCCAAAUACUAACUGUUAAGUCUCACCUGUGAAAUGUAAUUCCCUGGGAUUUGGUUUGCAGCACAUGAAUGAGUCACCUUCUCCGCUCAAAUCCAAUAUGGUGGUGACGUUGGCGUACGGCUCAGCACUCGAUGCGGCAUCUAUGUGCAUAUGUCUACGAGCUACCCCGCCCACCAUUAGCGGUGUUUUGACAGCCCACCACGUCCUGCCACCCCGAACACGGUGAACCAAAGCAUCGUCUCAAGUCUAUGCUGCGUGUUGACUGUCAUGGCGACGGCAAUGUUGCUAGUGGUGCUUAAAGGGCCAUAUGGGUUUUCAUUAUAGGGAAAAAACCCGAUACCGAUAUUGACCGAUGUUACAUUUUCAUGCCAAUAUCCGUAGUUAGACAUUUCUAAUUUACUUUGUGCCAAAGUAAACGCUGUGUCGAAGGAAUAUAACCUGCGGAGGCACUUUCAGACGAAACAUUAGAACUUUGACACAUUUCGUCCCCGAUCCCUCCUGAUUAUUGACGGGCGGGGCAUUUAUGGUGUAUAAACACAGUGGAACCUUGGUUAGCCUCGUUAAUCUGUUCCAGAAGGCCCGACUCUAACCCAAUGAAUCCGUUACAGAAAGCCAAAAAUGUUAACACAAAAAACGUUUUUAGUAGGGAUGUCCGAUAUUGGCUUUUUUGCCCAUAUGUCGAUAUUGUCCAACUCUCAAUUUCCGAUACCGAUAUCAGCCGAUACCGAUAUGUGGAACACACAUAUCUCCUGUGGUGGAAUUAACACAUGUCUAUUGUAAAGCUAAUGGAUACAGCAUCGCCGAUUAGCCCGUCAACAUGGCUGUAAACAACGCUUAGGCUUUGACGUUUGUUUUAAAAGUCAACAGAGUAGAUUGAUAUUUAAGUAAAUUUAUAUCCUACAUACAAGUAACUUUCAUCUUGUCCUGAAGCUCCGAUCCAUGAGUUUGAAAGGCUUAAAGUUGGACUUAACAUUCAAAGCCGUCGUAUGAGUCGAGCACUCAGUACAAAUCCGAUAAGAAAUUGAAGGGGAAGAAGUAAUCUACCUAACAAACAUGUAUACGAAUGAAAAUACACCCGAGAUCAUAUGAAAAAGCAACAUUUUCACGGACAUCUCCAAGGACUCUCCUAAUCAAGCGCGCACCCACAGUGUCAGAUUUUACCGCCGCUUAGUUCCGGGAAUUGUAACAUUCCUACUAGUGAGGAUAAGCGGCAUAGGAAUGGAUGGAUGGAAUGGACAGAGCAAGCUAGUUUGGUACUAGCCACUCACGGUUGUUUACAUGCUUGAGAGGCAGUUUGAUGAGGUCAUUUGCGUGCCGGAAAAUACAGGAGCUCAAAGCCCUAUAUACAGCAAUAUGUUUAUUAUCGGGUUUCAUUAUACCGAUACGGACAGAUACAUUUUCAUGCCAAUAUCGGUCCAAUAAUAUUGGUGGGCCGAUAUUAUCGGACAUCCCUAGAUUUUGGUUUUAUAAUUAUAGUUUUACAUGCAGAAAACAAUGCAAAAUGUAUAUAAAUACUUACAAACAUGGUUACUUUUACCUUCGUUAAAGACCACCCAAAGCUCUUGACCAUAAGUGAGGGUAGGAACGUAGGUCGGCUCAGCUCCCUCUUCACUACAACGGGCCGAUGCAUGUAAAAUUAUAAUUGGAAACCCAUAAAAAUGUGUUUUGUGUUAACAUUUUUGGCAUUUGUGGCGAAACCGCGCUUGUGAGCAAAGAACUACAGAGUCAGCUGCUGAUGACAUCAUAAAUGGAUCACAGAGAUUCCUGUUUUCACGUAUUAGCAAGCUACUAACAAGGGAGGACAUUGUGUGGUAGAAAUACGUUAAGAACACAGCUGCACUCACGCAGCGUAUUAAUGACACGACAAGAUGUGCGGCAUUUUGUAGGCUGACCGGAAAAUGUACGCAAACUGAGGCAAAAAUGUGCGCUAACGGAAGUUCCAUUGUAUACAGUAUAUAACAUAAUAUCUCCAUUGUUUUUUUAAUUUUUUUUUUUUAACAAUACCAUCUGGCUCUCACAGUGUCUGCCCGGAAAAAUUCUGGCCCUUGGACUAAUGUAAUUAAGGACCCCUGUACCAUAUCCUCUAUACUUUUUCUUCCCCAUCUGUGCCAACUCUAGCAAAAACAACAACAAAAAAACAGAACACUUCAAAACAACAUUCUCCCUAAAAGCAAUGAACUCAAGCA